GCUUAUUCCAAAGUGGGGGGUAUCAACAUUUAGGACAGAUCGGUUUGUGUGUGCGUGUUCUUGUCUACCUUUGCUCAGUGUAUUCUGCUGAUGGUAACUUAGCCCCUUCACACGGGAGAGACAAACCAAAAGGUUGACAGUCAGAAUUUGAUGACUCUGCAGUGGUGUAGACCUGGCAGACCGCAGCGGAGAGGCAGGUUUGUGUUUUACCCAAGAACCCGUUCGCCAACCCCUAAAAACGAGGUUGGGGCAAAUUCUUGAUCAACCCAUCCCUUGGAGGUUCACUCACGAUCGUCGCCGAUUUGGCUGAAUUAAUUCCAGUGCAGUGCUGAUCCGUAGUCAGUCAGUCUGCCUCCACAUUCCAUAACUUGUUGCCGGACAAAGCGGAGAUUUGUUUUCGUCUGUGGAUUAAAUUGCUCCAAAUUGGAAAUACAUCUUUCUCAAACCGGAGUGAAAGGUCACCACAACCAACAUCGGUGCCGCUGGAUGCAAUUCAUCAGGUGAAAGUACUUGGCUGCCGUGACAAAUGUGUUGUAACAUCAACCGGUGAAGACCCGCGGGGAGGCUGGUGGUUGGGUCAUGACACGGAAGAAGAGUCGAUUUUAAUCGCAUAACCAGCCCCAGAGUGCCAGCUCACCUAAAGUGUACAGACUAAAACCGACGACGGCGAGAGACAGUGGCGAGAAUAUCGUUAGACUUGUUUUUGGUUGUUGUUGUUGUUGCUGGUUGAUACAGAUAUUUAGUUUUAUAAAUUAAGCACCAUCAUCCAAGAGCUACCAUGCGUCGCAACACGCGCGUCCUGCUAAAGUACGCCCUCGUGGGCGGCUUCGUGCUGCUCUUCCUGGUGCUGAUCGUGCGCUCGUUCAACGUGGUCGAUCGCCAGAACCUGCUCGACGAAAGUCCCGCCGAACCGCUCGCCCAGCACCGCAAGCAGGGCUCGUUCUUCAACGGUCCGAAAAAGAACGUCCACAAGAGGCGCAUCGACUGGCACGACUACAAGCUGAUCGAGGCCGAGCGGAGUCGGAGCGGGGUGGGGGAGCACGGGAAGCCGGGGCAUUUGGAGAAGAAGGACGAGGAGAUGCAGGACAAGCUGUUCAAGAAGAACGGGUUUAACGCGGUGCUGAGUGAUUUGAUAUCGUUGAACCGGUCGUUGCCGGAUAUUCGGCAUCCGGGGUGUAAGAAGAAGAAGUAUCUGAGUGAGUUGCCCACGGUUAGCGUGGUGGUUCCGUUUUACAACGAACACUGGAGUACGCUGUUGCGGACGGCGUCAAGCGUGCUGUUGAGGUCACCGCCGGAGUUGAUUAGUGAGAUUAUAUUGGUGGACGAUUGUAGUACGAAGGAGUUUUUGAAGGAUCAGUUGGAUCGAUAUGUGGCGGAGAAUAUGCCGAAGGUUAAGGUGAUUCAUUUGCCUGAGCGUUCGGGGUUGAUUACGGCGCGGUUGGCCGGGGCUAAGGCCGCAACGGCGGAUGUGUUGAUCUUCUUGGAUUCGCACACGGAAGCGAAUGUGAACUGGUUGCCGCCGCUGUUGGAGCCGAUCGCGGAGGAUUACCGGACGUGCGUUUGUCCGUUUAUCGACGUGGUCGCGUGGGAUACGUUCGAGUAUCGGGCGCAGGACGAAGGCGCGAGGGGUGCGUUCGAUUGGAAGUUUUACUACAAGCGGUUGCCGCUGCUGCCGAAGGAUUUGGCCAAUCCGACGGAACCUUUUGAGAGUCCCAUUAUGGCGGGUGGGUUGUUCGCGAUCAGUUCCAAGUUCUUCUGGGAGUUGGGUGGGUACGACGAGGGUUUGGACAUCUGGGGCGGUGAGCAGUACGAGUUGAGCUUCAAGAUUUGGCAGUGCGGUGGUCAGAUGUACGACGCACCGUGUUCACGGGUUGGUCACAUUUACCGAGGUUACGCACCGUUCGGCAAUCCCCGGAAGAAGGACUUCCUUACGCGGAACUACAAACGUGUUGCAGAAGUGUGGAUGGACGAGUACAAAGAGUAUUUGUACGUGCGAGACCGCAAGAAGUACGACAACACCGACGCCGGAGAUCUGUCCAAGCAGUUGGCGAUCCGCGAGAAACUCCAAUGCAAACCAUUCAAGUGGUUCAUCGAGCACGUCGCGUUCGACCUGAUCGAAAAGUAUCCCCCAGUCGAACCGCCGGACUUUGCCAACGGUGCCAUCCAGUCCGUCUCGAGCCCGAACCUCUGCGUGGACACGCUCAGCCACGGCGAAAAGGAAACGAUCGGGUUGUUCGGUUGCGCCGCCGACAAGGCCCAACCCCAGGCGAACCAGUUCUUCCAGCUGUCCUGGCAUCGCGACCUGCGCAUCAAGUACGGCGAACUGUGCUGGGACGUGUCGGAGAGCAUCGCCAACGCCAAGAUCUUGCUCUAUCACUGCCACGGAGGCCAGGGCAAUCAGCUGUGGCGGUACGACCUGGACAGCCAGCAGAUCCGCCAGGGCAAGAACAAUCGCUGCCUCGAUAUGGACGCCGACAAGCGGGCCGUGUUUGUGAAUCCCUGCUCGGAGUCGAAUCCGAACCAGCGGUGGAAGUGGGGCUAUCUCAAUAUGACCGCGCUAAGGCACUGGGACUCGUACGGGGCGAAGAUUAUCGAGUAGGGGAGGGAGGGGGGAGGUUUGCUCAACAAUCGCAGCACAUCACAGCGGCGGAACUUGUGUGUGAUUUACAAUUGUUAGUUUGGAGAAAGAUAAAAGAAGCUUGUGUGAUAAGAGGGAUUUGUUCGCGCGUAAACGAAAGCAAUCACCGUUGAGACUGGGGCGGAGC